AUGGGCAUCGUACAAUAUCUCCAAGUCAUGCUGUUCGUAUUCAAUUUGACACUCUCCUCUCUGGCAAAGAAAGCGGUAAAUUGUCAAAACUUCAAGUUUGCUAUCGAUGAAGAUGUCGUCCAUAAUCACAUUCUUAAGGGUCACGUGUUUCAAAGAUUAACAGUGCCCAAUGCCAUCCAGUGUCACUUGAAGUGCAAAGAUGACUGCCUGUGUGUAUCCAUGAACUAUUUCCCUCGCUCCAAAGAAAAUAACUGUGAGCUUAACGUUGCUAAUAAAGACACGGAGCCAGCGGCGAUGAAAUGGAGGCAAGGAGGAAAUUAUUAUGAUUUGGUGAGAAGCUACACGGUGAAGGGUGGAGACAGAUACGCACUAAAGAAGCACCAUUGCACUAACAGAUGCUGCCGCACCAAUCCUUGUCUCAAUAGAGGGGUAUGUCGGGAGAUUUGUGACACCCACAGCACCAGGUUUAACUGCACCUGUCCUGACACAUACUCUGGUCAGCGGUGUGAGAAGAAGAUGAAACAUCCGAGAAGCUGCAAAGACAUAGCUAAGAACAAUGCCUCGACAUCAGGAAAAUACGACAUCUACGAUUCAAACAGUGAUCGGUUUUCUGUUUACUGUGACUUGCAGUCUGAACCUGGCUUUGUAUGGACGUUAAUACAAUCGUUUUCCUUGUCCAAGAGGAAUGCCUUCAAUUAUACAGGGUUUGGAAAAAACUUUGAGAUUGAUAUUGAAGAGGGGGGAGUGAAUUGGAAUGAGUUCCGACUAUCCUUAUCACAGAUGCAGUAUCUUGCUAAUCACUCCACGCAUCUGAGAGCAACUUGUAACUUUUCUACGGAUGGUCUGCAGUAUACGGACUACGCACGCGCUAAGCUGGCAGGUCAUAACUUUUUUGGUACUUGGGAAACCUGCCAGAUGUACGAAUAUGUUAAUAUCCGGGGAAACUUCUGUUCUAAUUGCACCGCCCUGACAAAACAGAAGGAAUAUGCGUCCUGGCACAUAAAGAGUUACAAAAGUAUAAAAUUCGGAUGUGAAUUUGAUGGAAAACCAGGUGGAACCCCCAGUGAAAAAAACUUCGGACAAUUUCACAACCGGUAUAUAAAUCCGGAUCACCGCUGCUCGUUUUCUCCUGCUUCUACAACGCAGCAUUGGUUUGGAGCUAAAUGUGACGUUUAACUUUUUGCGAAUUCAUUUCCUUUCCCAGGAAAGGAAACACAGCCAACUGAAAGCAAGAAAACAUCGGAGCAAGGCUAAGAACUAACAAUGACAUCAAGUGCCUCCAAGUUUGGUCCAAUUAGGAGUUGAACUUGAACUAAACGUUUAAUAUUUCAGAUAGUUACAUUGACUGUUUAUCACAGAGGAAUAUAGACAUGCACAAGAGCGACGUCAUA